AUGGCUGUAUCAAGCUUCCAGUGCCGUGCAAGUGCGAUGUCAUGCCUUGGGGCAGACGCGGUGACAGAGAUGGAAGGUCAUUCUCUGGACAAUGGCAGCGUCAAGGAUAUGAUUCGAGAGCACCAUGCAGCUCUGAUGCGCGAGCUGUCGAAGCAGCAGGAAAUUCUGUACAGCUUGCAAUGCUGGAGCCAGGACUUUUCCCAUCGCCAGUUUGCUGCGCCACCUGGCCACCUGGCUUUCACAGCAAUACCGGCACCUUCUCCCUGCGAGAAUCAAUCAAAGCCACAGGCAGCUAAGCAGCACUCCCGGGCGAGCAAACUGGACUCCCCUAGCUCUGCCAUCUCGGAGAACACCAAAGCCUCGCGAAUUGUGACGCAGAUCCAGGCGCGGAUAGGUGCCGUCAAAGAAAAGAAGCUGACUCCCACCAGGGAAACAAGGAUGGCAAAGCUUUACGGCUUUGUGGCUGAUGGGCCCUUGGAUAUACUCGCCGGUAUCAUCAUUCUGAUCAAUGCCUUGUUCCUCGUGGUCGAGAUGCAGCAGCGUGGAUCAGCCGCUGAGAGUAUCGUGCGCAUGUAUCCGGAAUGGCCGGCGAAUACGGACAGACCUGAAAUCUACGAGGACAUAGAAUAUGCCUUCCUCGCCUUCUACGUUUGCGAAACGGUGUUGAGAAUAACUGUGUUGCGGAAGGAGUGGUACUACCAUCCGGAGGAGGGCGUCCAGUGGGGCAACUUCUUGGAUGCGCUCAUUGUCUUGUUCGGCUUGACAGACUUGGUGAUUGCGAAAAUCGUGCUGCCACAAGAAGGUUUUGAGUUUUUUGUUUGUAGCCCCAGUGCUGGAAUUGGUGGCUACACCCAGUUUGAGACGGUCUGCUGGUGA